AUGAAAUUUUCCUUAACUUUAUUGACUGCUACUAUUGCCACUAUUGUUGCUGCUGCUCCUGCUCAAUACACUGGUCAAGCCAUUGACAGUAACCAAGUUGUUGAAAUCCCAGAAUCUGCCGUUGAAGCCUACUUCCCAAUAGAUGAUGAAUUAACUCCUGUCUUUGGAGAAAUUGAUAACAAACCAGUUAUUUUAAUUGUUAAUGGUACUACUCUUACCUCUGGUGCUAACAAUGAAAAAAGAGAAGCUAAGUCUAAAGGUGGUUUCAGACUCACCAAUUUCGGAUACUUUGAACCUGGUAAAAGAGAUGCUAACGCCGAUGCUGGAUUUAGACUUACUAACUUUGGUUAUUUUGAACCAGGUAAAAGAGAUGCCAAUGCUGAAGCCGGUUUUAGACUUACCAAUUUUGGUUAUUUUGAACCUGGUAAAUAA